AUGGCACUGUUAGAGAGAGGAGAUCGGAUCGUCAUAAGAUAUUAUGACUACUUGCAAAAUUUAACCGUUAUCAAAGCACUCAUUGACAAAAAUGAACUCGUAUUAACACGUUCAACAUCUAAACAAUGUCUCAACACUCAGAUUUGGAAUGCUGAGAAUUUGAAACCCAAAAACGUCGGCAAUAAAUAUGAGAAGACUUAUGCAAAGAAGAACGCAUAUAAACCUGGACUUAAGCCGAACAAUUACGCAACAUAUAAUGCCAAACGUUAUACGGCCCAAGAUAGACUUAUGAAAUACCGUAAAACUGAGGAGCUACAAAUCGUUCAUCAAACAAAUAAAUUCAAACAGCCCGAAAAUAGACAACUGUACAACACCGAUAAUACACGUUAUUCAGCUCAAGACCGACUUAAAAAAUACAAGAACAUCGUUACUUCAAAAGAACCGCAGCUUAAACAAUAUGACAUUAAGACCACAGAUAUGAACCGAUUUGAAAUUGAAGAAAAAUGUUGCAAAGAACAAAAUCUCAGCACUGACAUAACAGAAGACCCAUGUACUAAGAAACGUACAUUAAAACUAGGCGAGACGCAAAAAAUAAUGAUAGUUCAAAAACGAACGAAGACAUGUUAUCUGGUACACACGAUGGAGAGUAGAAAGUCGGUAAUCACCUUGUGUGAUAAACUACGAAAAAUUGAAAAUAACUUAAAACGUAUCGAGAAAGUUGAGAAGUACGACAUGUGCUUGAUAUUUUUUGGCGCUGAAUGGUACCGUGGGAAAAUUAUGGACGAGACGAACGAUGGUAUGUUGAAAAUUUACUUGAUUGACACAGCACAAGUGAUGUUCUUUAAUCGAAAAGAAGUCUACGAGAUGCCAAAGCAUUUCGAAGGAGAGUCAUUAUUAAUUGAAAUCGUCGUAACACCUCCGCCAAAUGAAAUGCUGACUACUGUUUUUGCUAACGUAGAAGCAAUAAAAACUAUUGGACCGAGUACGGUGGUGAAACUGAUUUAAUAACUUGCUAUAUUGCCUUAUAACUCCUAUUAAUUUGCAU